AGGACCCACAUCCCGUCAGUAGAGGGUGACCCGGAUGAUGGCGGCCGGCGCGGCUAAAGCCCUGGCCCUCUGGCUACUACUGUCAGCAGUAGGAGUGGGGGAGGCGGGGCCGCCGCCCAUCCAGGAUGGCGAAUUCACAUUCUUGCUUCCCGCCGGGAGGAAGCAGUGUUUCUACCAGUCCGCGCCGGCCAAUGCUAGUCUGGAGACCGAGUACCAAGUGAUCGGAGGUGCAGGGCUGGACGUGGACUUCACCUUGGAGAGCCCUCAGGGUGUGCUGUUGGUCAGCGAGUCUCGAAAGGCUGAUGGGGUGCACACGGUGGAGCCUACUGAGGCCGGAGACUACAGGCUAUGCUUUGACAAUUCCUUCAGUACCAUCUCAGAGAAGCUGGUGUUCUUCGAGCUCAUCUUUGACAGCUUCCAAGAUGACGAGGAAGUAGAAGGUUGGGCCGAGGCUGUGGAGCCAGAAGAGAUGCUUGAUGUCAAAAUGGAAGACAUCAAGGAAUCCAUAGAGACCAUGAGGACCCGGCUAGAACGGAGCAUCCAGAUGCUGACUCUCUUACGAGCCUUUGAGGCUCGUGACCGUAAUCUUCAAGAAGACAACCUGGAGCGGGUCAACUUCUGGUCAGCCGCCAACGUGGCUGUGCUGCUGCUGGUGGCCGUCCUGCAGGUCUGCACACUCAAGCGCUUCUUCCAUGACAAGCGCCCUGUACCCACGUAGCCCCUGCCACAGAGGGUGACGGAAACAGCAGAGGGCCACGGGCAUGUGUGACUCUGAGGAGACACUGCAUGGAUGGGUCCUGAGCAGUGGCCCACAUGUCUCCCUGAGUGAGCAGGGAGUGCCAAUGGCUUGAAGACCCUUUGGAAGGGGGACGCUCAGUAAUAGUGCCUGUUUCUUGGCAGCUAGAAAUGUUGGUCACUUCAGUGUGGGGAUAUGUGGCCCUCGGAUGCCCUGGUUUUCUCCUCAAAUCGUGCCUUAGCUUCAGUCUUCCAGCCAACAGGAUGGGGUAGGGCCGUGUGGCUACCCUUGGCCUUUUCUCAGCUGGACAACCCCUAUCCCCAGUGUCUCGCUUUGCUCCUGGUAGUAAGCCUACUUCACUAGGGUCCGGGAAGGAGACACAUCUGCAGAGUUCUUGCCAGGACAGUCAGUUUUAUUUGACAGGAAGGAGCCCUGGCCCCUUUGUCCAGAAGGAAGCCAGCUAGUUGAGGGUCUGGUAAGAGGAUUCCAGGAGAGGACCCCUUCUUUCUCUCUGAGUGAGGACCUCACACAGGGCUGAGGUGCAGCCAUGCCACCGCCUGCCUACUAGCCUCAAGGAACAAAGGGCAUCUGUCCUGGGCACUGCAGUCAAUAAAUUAUGGUCAGAAAAGUUA